AUGUCUCAGGCUGAGCUGAAGAGUCUCGAGGAGAUGAGUAUACGCAGGGGAUUCUUCAACCUAAACCGUGGAAGCACAAAGAGGGAGUCCAAGGCCAGGUUGGAAAUUUCCGGACCUAUUCCAAUUAAAGUAGUGAGCAAUACUGAGCUGAACCUUACAGACCUGGGACCUAACAGCGAACAUGAACAUAACAGAGGCAUUAUAAGUGUAUCUGAAAAUGUGAAAAUAAGUAAUCAAGAACAUCCACGGAACUCUGUUAAAGAGAGAGCUGCUAAAUUUGAGGAACUUGCAAGCUCCGGGCCCAGGCAUGUGCCCCAGAAGUCCAUAAAAGUUGUCAUUCCAGAGUUAGUAGAAAAGACCUUCCCUGGAGUGGACCUUCAACUUCCUUAUUUCAUUCGUCCUCCUGUACCAGACCCAAGGGAACUCAACCUACAACGGCGAACCACUGGUGAUUUUGGCUUUUCUUUACGCCGUUCCACCAUGUUAGAAAGGCAACCUGAUGGGAAGGUGUCUCGCCACGUUGUGCACUUUGCAGAGCCCGGGGCUGGGACCAAGGAGCGAGCUCUUGGUUUGGUUCCAGGGGACAGGUUGUUGGAGAUCAAUGGCAUGAACGUAGAGAACAAGAGCAGGGAUGAGAUUGUGGAGAUGAUUCGUCAGUCUGGAGACUUGGUCCGUCUCAAGGUCCAGCCGAUUAUUGAACUGAGUGAGCUGAGUCGUAUCUGGAUGAGGAGCACUGAAAGCCUUCGCAAAGACGACUCUGAGCUGCCGUCCCUCUUCUAUCACAUUACGCCCCUCCACUGCCCGGACCACAGCUUUGACAUGCGCUCCAGAACCCCGCCCAGAGGGUGA